AGUUGGAUUUCGGCCACCGUUCCAUUAUGAAGUCGAUUCAAUUGAGUCUUCUACUCUUGACAGCGCUCUUCAGCAGUUCGCAUCAGCUUUCCAAGCCGGAAGAUCCAACCUAUAUGGCAGCAGUGGUGGAGCACAGCCAGCCAGUGGGCGAUUCUCCGCGGGCACGCACCACCUCAGCUUCGGAAUCUUUCCAGAAGAUCAUCCGCGAAGUCGGCGAUGUGGACAUCAUAGUGUUUCCCGAGCACAUAAUCAACAGUCAGGCCACGGCCACCUUUGUGCCCCAUGAGUCGCAGAACAUAACGCCCUGCUACCAAACGGACUACGAGCUCUUCCUCAUCGAACUAUCCUGCUCGGCGAGGGCUAACCAGCUAUAUGUGGUCAUAAACGUGGUGGAGAAGGAACUGUGCGCCCAUGGAGCUGGUUCCGACACCUACAAUCCUUGUCCAUCGACUGGCGUGCGGUACUUCAACACGAAUGUGGUGUUCGAUCGAAGGGGCAGGAUUGUCUCGCGGUACAGGAAAACCCAUUUGUGGCGACACGAGUAUGUCUCGACAUCAGUGCUCCGAACUCCGGAUAUAUCCAUCUUUAGAACAGACUUUGGCGUAACCUUUGGCCACUUCAUCUGCUUCGACAUGAUGUUCUAUGAUCCGGCGGUGAAAUUGGUGAAGGAGCACAAGAUCACGGACAUCGUGUAUCCCACCUACUGGUUCUCGGAACUGCCAUUCCUGGGCUCAGUGCAACUCCAAGAGGGUUGGGCAUUUGGUAACGAUGUUAAUGUCCUAGCCGCAGAUGCCAGUAAGCCCGAUGGACGCACUUCCGGAUCGGGUAUCUAUGCAGGACGCGGUGGCCGAUUGGUUGCGGAGAUUUUCGAGCAGCCCACCACCAAGUUGCUGAUUGCGGAGGUGCCGAAGCGGGAACAUGGCCAACUGGCACCCACUUUCACGCCACUCUUCACGCCGCAGAGGAAAACGCAAAGAUUGACUGGCCUGGCCACGUAUCGGGAUAACAAUGUGGAUAUAUUCGAAAGUGAACUGUUGGACGAGGAUUUUCUGAGUUUCGAACGCCAGUUGUGCCAUGGCAGCUUUUGCUGUACCUUCUCUAUCGAACGAAAGGUCACCAGCGCCGCGGAGAACGAGGUGCCCUCCAGUGGGGCCAAGUCGUAUCGCUAUAGGAUCGGCGUCUACUGGGGCAACGAGACCACCGUCAUUGGCGUGGAUCGCACGGAGCAGGCCACUUGUGCACUCUUUGCCUGCACGGAUGUGCGUCUCGCCAGCUGUGGCUACAUCUAUGCGGAGAACGAGGAGGUCAUCAAUACGCACCACUUCACCAAGCUGAGUAUCUCGGGCAAUUUUCCAGCUGCUCCACGUGGCCGACGAUUGAUCAUGCCCAGCACCUUGAAUGCUCUAUUCCUGCCCGUUUCGGUUUCCGAUUAUGAAUGGAUUGAAUCACCAGAGGCGGCGAAUAAUGUGGACAAGCCCAUAUUGGUCGAUUUGAAACUAGCGAAGCCACAGAACGAUCUGCUCACCUUUGCCAUUUGGGCCAACUACUACACCGAGAUACCCAGCACCCACAACUUGGAUCACAUGCAGCCGAAUGGAACUCAGUCCAGUCCCGCGACUUCCGCAUCCUCGGCAGUGUCGGUAUUCUGGAUUUUAUGUGUCCUCAGCUGUCUUAUCAGCGUAUUGUAGAUUACUAUUUCUUGGUCAUAAUACCGCUUACUUUCUGACUCAAAUGAGCACCAAAA